AUGUCAAGGGAUCUACUUCAAGAUAAUAAUAGAAUCAUAAUAAGAAAUCCAAUAGAGGGUAACAUUAGAAGCAAUUACAUACCUAGUUCUAAAAUACAAAAUUACAAUACUUUGACACCAAUUGCAAACAAUUCUGGAAUUGCUCAAUCUUACUAAUACUAAGUCUAGCUAUAAAACAGUUAUAUUGGCUAACCAUACAGACAAGGUCCUGUUAUCAAUUAUUUCCCAUAUGAAAAUAUUACAAAAGCCACUAAUAAUUCAAUGAAGUAAAUUAACUAAAAGCACAGAAGGACUAAUUUGAUUUAAGCUGGUUUGAAUAAUCUUAGUUUUAUUGGUAUACCAAAGAAGAAGAUUGAGGUAUAUGAAAAACCUCAAGCAAAUUUCAAGAUAAAAACUUAGCCACCUUCUCCAUCUAGAUUAUUACCUUAUCAAAAGGUGGUUUAAUUUUAGACUCCAGAUGAGCUAUACUUUGAUUCGCAAAAGAAUAAUGACUUUUAAUAUUAGUAAAAUAAUGAAAAUAACUAUUAAAAUUUGGUGCCUACAUCAUUAUCAGUUACAGAGAGGUUUAAGUUUUUGAAUAACCAAGAUAAGUUGAAAAAAGAUAAGGAUAAAAGAGAAUUCUUGGCUAAGAAAAGAGAGAUUGAGUUGCAGGACGACCAAGAGAGAUAUGCCUUGAAAUUUCUAUUUAAGGAAGAGAAAAAGCAUAAUUAAAUAGAAUAAUAGCAGAUUAAAGCAAUUACAAAUGGAUUAGAUAAUAACGAUUUUGAUUAUACAGCACAAAAUGGAGGUGUUAAUAACAUAAAUAGUCUUGUUAAUGCCAAAAAGCAGCUUAACGUUUCUUUGAGAGAUUUAGGAAAUCAUGGAGUUUAUUAAAUGUCUGAAAUGGAAGAUGUGCUAUUGCGAAAAGUAUGUGAUUGCAUUUUUAGCAGAAGACAAAUGUCUAAACGGGAAAAAGACAACUCUUCAUAACAGAUGAAAGUAGAUUCUUCAUAUUACAUCACUCCAAAGUACAAAGAAUUCGUUAGAAGAUAAUCAUUAGAGAUAUGGAAUUAAGUUAUAGCUAUGAACCUAGGAAAUCUAUUAGACUAAUUGAGAUGGGAUAUAUUUGAAGAAAACUUUGUCAUUUUCCUCAUUGAAUAUCUUGAUGUAAAAAACCCUAUCCUAGAUAGAAUUAAUUGGAGAUAGAUAAUAUAGGAGAUAUGCAAUUAAUGCACAAAAUAGAUAUUAGACAAUGAUGAAAUCGUUAUACCCACAAACAGUGAAAGCAAUGAAAAUUGUUCAAUCAAUGAUCAAUUUAAAGUGUUCAAAGAUUCAGCCGAGAUAAAUAAGAACAGCAGCUUAUAUAGAUACUGUGAUGGUUCUUGGUAUAGAGGACCUAGACAAAAUAAAAAGCGUUCUGGUAAGGGCAAAUUAAACUUCAUAACUGGAAAAAUAUAUGAUGGUGAAUUUUAGCGAGGAUUAAGACAUGGAUAUGGUAUUUAUAGCUUUGUUUAGAAUAAUGAAAAUAUCAGUUUCGAAAAAAGAGGACUCUGUUUCUAUAAAGGAGAUUUCAAAAAUGAUUUAAAGGAUGGUUAAGCUACUGUUGAAUUUGCUGAUGGCUCACGGUUUCAUGGCACAUUUAGAGCUAAUCUUCAAUAUCAUGGAACAUUUUAUUGGGCUCCUGAAAAUAAGGAUUAUUCUGAAUUAAGUUAAAGAGAAUAUACUGGCUAUUGGAAAGGCCAUUUAAUGCAAGGAAAAGGAAUUUAUUCAGAUUAGUAAGAAGUAAAAACAGGCAUAUUUAAGGACUCAAAGCUAAAUGGUGUUGGAAUACAAUCUCACAUUGACGGGAAAUAUUCAAUGAAAGGAGAAUUUUCAGAGGAUAUCUUAAAUGGGUAAAUUUGUGAGAUCGAAACUGAAAGAGGUAAAUAUUUAGGAGAGUCAAAGAAUGGAACAAUGAAUGGUCAAGGUAUAAUGAAUUUUAAAAACGGAGAUAUUUAUGAAGGAGAAUGGAAAGAUGGGAAAUUUAGCGGAAAGGGUAGAUUUUAGCAAUCAAAUGGUGAUUUCUAUACAGGCUUUUGGCUUUAUGGAAUGAGAAAUGGAUAUGGUAUAGAAAACAAAGAUAAUCAAAAUUAUUCGUAUGAGGGGGAUUUCGUAAAUGAUAAAAGACAUGGCUAUGCAUUAUUGAAAUAAAUAAUUAUUGAAGGGAAUGAUUUAAGAUCUCUAAAAUAUAUGGAAUAUGCUGGUAGCUUUGUAAAUGAUAGAUUCUAAGGUUCUGGUAAAUUGAUAAUAUAUACAAACAAAUAAAAAACCGUAGUUCUUGAGUACUACGAGGGAAGCUUCUCAGAAAAUUAUAAAAAAGGAGUAGGCAAGAUGGUGAAACUGAGAGAAGGAUUCGAGGAUAAAAUGGAGAGGGAGUAUGAGGAAUUUAUUGGUGAUUUUUACAAUGAUAAACCACUUAUAAAUAGUGGAAUUUCAAAGACAAUCAUGAAUUUUCAUUUCUGA